CUUUGGGUGCAAUUCGUUGGCCGUUGGCUGGCAGUGAACGUGCUGUGUUGUUUUCAGGCAUUUGGGUUUCAUUUGCGCGCAGAUCUUUGAACGGUUCACUGCGUCAACGUCGUGUCGCGCCUUGUUUGAAAUCGAGUUCGAAGCGAGUUCUUGAAUUGGUUUCUCAAACCAUGCAAAACGAGCACAUGGCGCUGCUGCCGCCGACGGAUAACAGCACCAAGCUGGUCAGCAAGCCAUUUCCUAAGCCCUUCUCUAUCGAGAGUCUCAUUGCCAAUCAAACGCCAGCCGUUGUUCCGGAACAGCCGGAACUGGAGCGGGAACAGGAACGUGAACGUGACCGUGACCAUGAUCGUGAACCAGAACGGGAUUGUGAUCGGGAGCUUAAUGCACGCGCCAUUGUGGCCAGCUCGGCGCUGGGCCUCACACAGUUUCCGCUCUACAAUCCCUGGCUACACGGCUACUUUGCCCAGAAUCAUGAGCGGCUCUCGCAUUUAAUUGCCGGCGGUUGUUACCUUGGACCACCAUUUGCCGGCAAGGAGCCACAACUGCAGGUUACACAGCCACCUCCACCGCCGCCGCCGUCCCAACCGCCACAUGCCUUGGAUAACCUCAGUCUCAGUCCGUCAAAGCCCAACGAUGCCGAGCUGGGCCAUCGCCUGCCAUUACCGCAUCCGCUGGACACCCGUUUCCUGCCCUUCAAUGCCGCCGCCGCUGCUGCGGCUGCCACAGUGCCAUCGGAUCUGAGCUACCGCCGCCUGGCCGAGCUCAUGAACCAGGAUUAUGUUCACAAUCUGAGCAUGCAUUCGCGUCUCCAGCACAUGGCCGCCACACGUGCCCAGGACGAGAGUCAACAGCACGCGCUUCAUCAGGCACUGCAACAGCCAUCGCCACCACAGUCAUCGCCCUCGAAGUCGCAUAGUCCCAUCGAGCCGGCGGUGGAUGUGGGCAUGGAUGAGGACUACGAGUGCAGCGGAGAUUCAUGCAGUGACAUCAGUCUGACCAUGUCGCCCAGAAAUUACACAGCGGAACUGGACAAAAGCCGCAAUGGAGCUUAUACCAACUCGGACAGCGAGGAUUGCAGCGACGACGAAGUUGGUCAUUCACGUCACGAAACCGGCGGCAAGGAGUCGCAAAGCGGUGGCAGCAGCAGCUCCAAGUCACGACGCCGUCGCACGGCGUUCACGUCGGAGCAGCUGCUCGAGCUGGAGCGCGAGUUUCAUGCCAAAAAAUAUCUGAGUUUAACGGAACGCAGUCAAAUUGCCACAAGUCUGAAAUUGAGUGAAGUGCAGGUGAAAAUCUGGUUUCAAAAUCGACGCGCCAAGUGGAAACGCGUUAAAGCCGGACUCACGUCGCAUGGAUUAGGGCGCAAUGGCACCGCGAGUGGCACGAAAAUCGUGGUGCCCAUACCGGUACAUGUGAAUCGCUUUGCGGUGCGCUCGCAGCACCAGCAGCUGGAGAAAAUGUGCCUCAGCGGUCCCAAACCGGAUCUGCGCAAGAAGCUAUCAACGGAAGCGAUUAGCGGCUUCGAGAAGUUCAAUGCCAGCAGCGCUGUCCCCUCGGUGGGCGUCGGUGUUGGAGUGGGCGUGUCCAUGGGAGUGGGCAUGCCACCAAUCGGAGCUUUGGCACCCAGUCCCGCUGCCUCUCUCGCUAUGACGCGCAGUAUUUAUUAAGCUCGAAACCGGAAUUGAUGUUUUUAUUUGCCGAGUUAUCUUUGUACAUAAGCAAGUCCCCACACACAGACACACUCAAUUUGCAUUAAGUGUAGAAACAGCGUUUUGUAAAUAAACUGAAAUUGAAUUUAAUUGCAACCAAACAAAAAAGAAGUUA